UUGGAAGCUGCUGGACGCAUAGAGAAUGUUUCAGUUCAGCUAAAAUUGCAGUAAGUUAACCAGCAGUAGCUGUAUGAACAGACUGGAGUCAGACGUGCCUGCCUAGUGGGAAAUACAUCUGUAAAUACAGAGAAGUUCACUUGUAAUGCAGACCUGGAAGUUCUGAAGCUGGGAGCCCUUCCUCUGCCGCUAGCCUGUGCACUUCACUGUAGGAUCUAGCAGGCCGGCACCUCCUGGACUAAGGGUCCAUUUCACUGGCUGUAGAGAAGCUGGAAAUGUCCCAGUGAUCCUGAAUUGCUGAGAAGUUUCUCCUGGGCUCAUGAGUUACAAUGAAGAUGAGGAUUUCCUUCCACUCCUACUGUGCAAUGGGCAACCUCUCUCUGUGCAGUUACAUCAUUUUCUUUCUUAUGCUCCAUGUUUCUACACUGGAAUCAGUGAAUUUCAAAGUGAUUGGACCUGAUCAUCCCAUCACGGUCUCUGCAGGGGAAGAUGCCCUGUUACCCUGUCACCUCUCCCCCAGCAUGAAUGCUCAGGAGAUGGAGGUGCGCUGGUUCCAAUCCAAGGACUCUGAACUUGUCCAUCUGUAUCAGGAUGGAAAAGAUCAGAUUGAGCUGCAAAUAUCAAAAUAUCGGGACAGAACAGAGCUGCUGAAGGAUGGUAUCGUGGAUGGAAGAGUUGCCCUGCAUAUACGCAACAUCACCCCCUCUGACCAAGGACAGUUUAUCUGUUUCUUCCGAUCACCCAGCUUUUUUGGGGAAGCCACUCUGGAACUGAAGGUGACAGGUCUGGGCUCUACUCCUCGCAUCUCUAUUGACAGCUACCAGAGCAGAGGGAUCCACAUGGUGUGUGAAUCUGCUGGAUGGUACCCGAAGCCCCAGGUGCAGUGGAGAGACCUGAAGGGACAGCACUUACCAUCCCUGACAGAAAAAAUAAUUCAACAUGAUAAUGGCCUGUUUGAAGCACAAAUUUCCAUUAUUGUAACAGAAACUUCCAGUCAGGAUCUGUCCUGCUCUGUCAGCAACUCCCACCUCAACCAAGGGAAAGAAUCCAUGGUCUACAUCGCAGAUUCUUUCUUCCUGGGGGCCUGCCCCUGGAAUGUGGCUGUGUACAUACUCCUGGUUGCUUUGGGUUUGCUCAUUUUCACGGCCAGCUUCUUCUUCUGGAAGCAACACAAGGCAAAAGGGAAACUUGUUGCGGAUCUUGAGAAACAUCUUGCAGAGAAAGAGAAGCUCCAGAAUGAACUUCAAUUGAGAAGAGUUCAAAUAUAUCAAGCCAGCGUGAUUCUGGAUCCAAUCACUGCUCAUCCUGAUCUCAUCCUGUCUGAGGAUCAGACAUGUGUAACAAAAGGAGAUAUAGCACAGAAUGUGCCAAACAAUCCUGAGAGAUUUGAUUCUUCUGUGUGUGUCCUGGGUUCUGAAGGUUUCACAUCAGGGAUACAUUACUGGGAGAUGGAAGUGGGGAAUGGUGGUGACUGGUGGGCUGUAGGGGUUGCCAGAGAGUCUAUAAAGAGGAAGGGAUGGCUCAAUUUUAGCCCAGUGGAGAAGAUCUGGGCUGUGGAGUGUGACUGGGGUAAAUACCAGGCUCUUGACUCCUCUGUGAUCCAUUUGCCUCUGAAUGAGCGACUUGGGAAAAUUGGGGUUUCUCUGGACUUUAAAGAGCAUCAUGUAGCAUUUUAUGAUAUUGAUAACAUGGUGCCAAUAUACACUUUCAAAGAGGUCUCUUUCUCUGAUGAGAAAAUCUUUCCUUUCUUCUGUAUCUGGAGAACUCCAGGAAAAUAUAUCAAACUGUGUGACCGAGAAAAGAGUUAGCCCUACAUUUUCAAGUGUCCAUUAUUUUUUGGUGCCAGCACUCAAAAUUAGUGGGCACUUAUGAAAAUUUAGAGCAAAUUACCUCACUGUGCCCAGAAUUCUGUACCUUUCAAAACUAUAGAAAACAUGAAUGGUUGGGAGAAAAUGUCAAUGGAACAGCAUUUACCCAAGUUAUUUUUCUCACUGUGACUGGUUGGAUCACAGAAACCCCCUUGGGAACUGCCACCUGAUGUGCAAAGACUACCUCUGCUCCUGUUUUCCCUGCCAACUCAGGACUCCAGCACCCUGUCUUGCUGAGCCAGACACUCC